UAGAAUCUUUUACAUACUUAUAAUUUUUGUUGUUGAGAAGGAGGAUUAUGUAGUGUUUCGUUUCGUGUGUUGUUGUUGUUCUCUUCUUCUCCUCCUUCCCCCUUUCACAAUCACAAUCACGUUGAUUAAAGCUAAAGCCUUCGUUGAUGCUACUUCCCAUUUACCCUUUCUCUCACUCACUCUCUGGCUUUUCUCGCCGUUUCUAAACAACACCUUCCCUUCCUUUGAGACUUUUCUCUAAAAGAGAGAGAGAGUUGUUGAUUCUCUUUCUUGGUGGCCAAACUUGAAGAGAGUCUCCCCCAUCUGUGACAUAUAUAAUAUCUCUGCAAUGCAGACGAUUGGUGCCAUCAAGUCUUAUCAUCACCAAGCUCAGCAUUUGGUUAACAACUAUCUCUUAGCUGAUCCCUUUAUUCCUUACACCUCUGUUCUCACCGGCAUUUUCCUUUGCAAAGUGGUCUAUGAUCUUUGUCACUUUGUCAGCAACUCACAUUCCAAGACAUAUAUCAUCCUUACCAAAAUUCAGAGAAUCGAAUGGAACAACCGUGGUAUCUCAACAGUUCAUGCUCUUUUUAUCUCUGCUCUCUCUCUCUACUUUGUCUUCUGGUCCGAUCUCUUUUCCGACAGGUGGCAUAACGAUCUUGUUGUGUUCCGGAGCUCACGUCUUUCCUCUCUUGGUUUAGGAUUAUCCAUUGGUUACUUCAUUGCUGAUCUUGGGAUGAUCUUCUGGAAGUAUCCUGCUUUGGGUGGACUUGAGUAUAUUGUGCAUCACUCGCUAUCAGGGGUAGCUGUUGCCUACUCCUUGUUUUCUGGGGAAGGGCAGUUGUAUACCUACAUGGUCCUCAUUUCUGAGAUUACAACCCCAGAGAUCAACUUGAGAUGGUACCUGGACACAGCUGGUAUGAAGAAGUCAAUGGCAUAUGUUGUCAAUGGCGUUUUCAUCUUCUUGGCUUGGCUGGUUGCUAGGAUUCUACUAUUCAUAUACAUGUUUUAUCAUGUCUAUCUCCACUACAACCAGGUUAUGAGGAUGCACAUCUUCGGAUACGCUCUGGUAUUUGGUGUACCAGCUGCACUAGGUAUCAUGAACUUGGUAUGGUUCGGUAAGAUUGUGAGAGGGGUGAAGAAAACGUUAGCAAAGAGAUGUGAAUGCUGAGAUUGGUGAGAGUCCACCUCGCAAUGUUGUACCAUCAGACCAAAUCAUCAUUUUCUUCUACUUCUGACAUAUGUCUCUUCUCUCUAGUGUAAGUAGUCUUUUUGUAUGAUGGAGAAAAACAAAAAAAUGAAACGAUCCUCUGACGUCUUUGUAAAUGAUCUCUUUACGUUUUUUAUUAUACGAUGUAACUCUGUUUUCGUUCUAAUAUCUUUAUCCCUAGGGUUUAAUGUCU